AUGUCGAACUCCCUGGCCUUCUCCGCGCCACAAUCCUGGGCGUUGGAAGCGCGGGAAGUUGUCAGGGCUUCUCAGAGCUCUGCCUCCUGUGGGCCGAGCUUUCACAGCGCCAAAGCCUCGAGCGCCGUUCCUGCGAUCACUUCCGUCGUUGCUGCGGCCGUGGCUGCGGCGCAUUGCUCCCAUUCCAAGGCUCGGAUACCUCAACUUCAGCGGCUCCCACGGCUCGCGAAGGGCGGAACCCAGAGCGACAGAGCCGAGACUGCCACCGCCGGCGCCACCCACCUCCUCCAGAGACGCGAGGUCUCCCAGGGAGGUGAGAAUGAUUUUCCGGAGUCGCGGCUGGACAGGGCUUGGUACUGGCUCAGAGACCGCAGCGAGGUGGGGUGGAAAGCAGCCAAGAAGGGAUGGGCAAAGGCGCGAGGGCAUACCAGCGACCUCCUGAAGAAGUUGAAGAAGUCGAGCAAAGAGGCAGAUCUACCGGGUCGAUUCAAGAAGGCUCGGCAGCUCGCGCUGGACCGGUGGAAGCGGACUAAGCCUAGCCAGAAACUUCUAUCCUGCAUUUUGGCUCUCCUGCUGCUCUUUGCGACCCUCCGGCCGAGCCACCCGCCGGUGUCGACGCCGAGCCAGUUGGCCACUCCGGCGCCUACCCUGCAGCUGCUUCCGGAUGAGGAAGCGCGGCUGCAGAUGCUGGCAGAUACCUCGCCUAGCGUCGUCUAUGUGACCGGGAAGCCCACCCCGUGGAUGCCGAAGGAGGUAACCGAAGGUGGCCCAAGCCCGGGAGGAACGGCCUGGAUGUUUGAUCGCCGGCACGUGGUCACAAGCCUCCGCAACAUCGACCUCGCCCAACGUGGAUCCCUUCGGGUGAUCUUUGAGGACCGUACCGAGCUCCCGGCGCGGGUCGUUGGAACG